GCCCGGCCCAGACCCCACGGCCAUGCUGCUCUGGCGGUGCCUGGCGGCCCUGCGGGCGGCUCCCGACCCCCGGCGGCUCUCGGUGGCGGCGCCGCGGCCGGGACCGGGAGCGGCCCCCUCUUCUCCAGGGCCAAGCGGCGACGGCGACGGCGCCCUGCGGCCGCUGUACAUGGACGUCCAGGCCACCACCCCGCUGGAUCCCAGGGUCCUGGACAGCAUGCUGCCGUACCUGACAGCCUACUACGGCAACCCCCACUCCCGGACCCACGCCUACGGCUGGGAGAGCGAGGCCGCCGUGGAGAAGGCCAGGAGGCAAAUUGCAGAUUUAAUAGGAGCUGAUUCAAGAGAAAUUAUCUUUACUAGUGGUGCUACAGAAUCAAAUAACAUGGCAAUUAAGGGUGUUGCAAGAUUCUAUAAAUCCAGAAAUAAGCACAUCAUUACUACACAAACAGAGCACAAGUGUGUGUUGGAUUCGUGCCGCUCCCUAGAGGCAGAAGGUUUUCGUGUCACAUAUCUGCCUGUUCAAAAAAAUGGGCUGAUAGAUCUGAAGGAGUUGGAGGCCGCAUUCCAGCCAGACACGGGUUUGGUUUCUGUAAUGACUGUCAAUAACGAAAUAGGAGUGAAGCAGCCGAUUCAUGAGAUUGGUGAGAUCUGCCGUGCACGUAAGGUUUUCUUCCACACAGAUGCUGCGCAAGCAAUUGGUAAAAUUCCUAUGGAUGUGAACGACAUGAAAAUUGAUCUAAUGAGCAUUAGCGGCCAUAAAAUUUAUGGGCCCAAAGGGGUCGGUGCUGUCUAUGUUCGCCGUCGACCACGCGUGAGAUUAGAACCCCUGCAGAGUGGGGGAGGCCAGGAGAGAGGACUGCGAUCUGGGACUGUGCCCACUCCGUUAGCAGUGGGCCUUGGGGCAGCGUGUGAAGUGGCACAGCAAGAGAUGGAGUAUGACCAUAAGCGAAUCUCACAAUUGGCAGAGCGACUGGUUACAAAAAUAAUGAGUGAAGUUCCUGAUGUGGUUAUGAAUGGAGAUAGAGAACAUCGUUAUCCAGGAUGCAUCAAUUUAUCUUUUGCAUAUGUGGAAGGGGAGAGUCUUCUGAUGGCUCUGAAAGAUGUGGCUCUAUCUUCAGGAAGUGCUUGCACAUCAGCUUCUCUGGAGCCUUCCUAUGUUUUGCGGGCAAUUGGAACAGAUGAAGACUUGGCUCACUCCUCUAUAAGAUUUGGCAUUGGUCGUUUCACUACUGAAGAAGAAGUAGAUUAUACAGUGCAGAAGUGUAUCCAGCACGUUAAGAGGCUUAGGGAAAUGAGCCCUCUUUGGGAAAUGGUGCAGGAUGGAAUUGACCUCAAAAGCAUUAAAUGGACUCAGCACUGAGAAAACAAGCUCUGUCCAUGGACUAGACGGAUGUGGAUUAAAAUGCAUUUUCUGUACAUUCCUGAACAAAAAUCAUGCAGCACUUUUCUGUUUUUUUGUCACUUGCAAUUUAGCUGGAAAACUAUCUUUUCUGGUAACUGUCUUAUAAAGCCAAAAUGAAACAAGCAUUUAUUCUGGAGAAAGGCAGGAUGAUAUCAAACCCAUUACAUUUAUACUUACCCACAGAAAUUUAUGCUGAGACAUAAUUUAUUUCAAAAUGUAUUUCUUAAUAUGAAAAAUGAGAUCAGCGUGUUACUCCUGUGUUUGUGGGAUCCUGGUGAGAGGUUCCUUCUCAAGCAUCCUGUAUAGCUGUUCUGCUUGCAGUACAGACCUGUUGGUAGGCCUCCAGUUCAUUUUGUUUGAGGCAAGUACCCCUGCAACUGCAGAUGUUUUUGUGCUGCUUAAAUAUUUUGUGAAAUUCUCACACAGUAAGAAGUUCAGUGUUUCUAGAGGAAAAGGAUGCCUCAGUGUGGCUAUGUGCCUUCACAGUUAAGUUGUAUGUGGAGUUAAGAAUUUUUUUACCAAAAAAAAUGUGUUUUGCUAUUUUCCAUCAUUCUUUUUUUUUGGGGGGGUGGAAGGAAGGUGGGUGAUGCUUGCACAGGCCAGUGUGCAUCAAUCCAAAACAUUUUUCAGUGUUACAGAACUUAAAAUACAAUGAUGAUGCACUUUGCUAUCCCUUCUACUGUGUUUUUUUCCAUGCAUUUUUUAUAUGAAAAGGAAAACUUGAAUGACCGUGAGAGGGGUAUAUGCAGAAUAUGUCAGCUUCAGUUGCAAUACCAGUUUAGUUGGAACUUUGGUGGCGGUGGUGGGGAAGCACAUGAAGUGCAGUGUUUUCUUUCUCUUUCUUUUUUUUUUUUUUUUUUUUUUUUUCAUUUGUAGUGAGUCCUUUGACAUUACUUUGCUUAUGGACACUUGGCUUCUGUCAAUUUUGGGAGCCUUGCUCAGUUGAGCCUCAGUGUUUUGUUUUUAGAUAAGAACAUGUGGAUUUCUCUGCGUGCCAGAGUUUACUUCUAUUUGAGACUUCCACAGGAACCCAUUCCCUGCAAGUGUUGGGGAGAAGUGUCUGUAAAAUGGGUUUGAGAUGAAUUCAUAUCAAUGUUUCUCCUUUCUUAUUUUUUUGAUGUUUCCAGUAGGAAAUUUAACCUAGUAUUAUGAAGUGCCUUUGUAUCAGUUGCAUAAGCAGACAGCUCUCAGAUUAGUUGGUUGGUUGAUGGAUGCUGUAGUAGCUGUUGAAUUUAAUAUAGCUUACAAACAAUAUGUCACCAGUUCUGGAUGGUUUCUGUGUUGAGGAUAAACCACUUGAUGUAGAAGCUAAAGCUAAGUCUCAUGGGGUGGAUUGUAUUACAAAAGCUUGUUUGUUUUUCUGUUACCAAGGGCAGAUUUGGUUGUUUGUAAUGUGAAGCUAAUCCUGAAUUGUUCUAUUUGAAAUUAUCAGCUUUAGCAGCUUUAAUAUUGUAGGACUCGCACCUUAUGUUUCAUCACAACACUUUUAAAACUUCCAUAUGCAUAACUGGGUUUUAGAGGUGUUUGUUUCAUGUUUUAUCCUUGUGCCAUGUAUGGUUUCUGGAUUAAGCAUGUAAUAGGACUUUGCCAGUGUGUUUUGGAACUAUAUGUUUAUGAAAUUGUUCUUUGUGUUUCAUGGAUGAUAAAAAUGCAGAUAAGACUUAAA